AAGGUGUUCCGCCGCUACUGACUUUGCACGUUGGUGUCAACUCCGGUUUCUCCAUGUUUCUUAUUUACUUUAUCUCCUACUUGACUUGUUUGCUUGAUGUAGAUAGCAGUCUCCAAAUCAGUCAGCUAUGCUUACUAGUGGCAAAUCGGAAAAUACCGCAUUAACUUUUUUAAAGUAAAUUGUGACAGCAAAAUAGGUGUUAUUCGUGAUACAAUAGUGGCGUGGUUGUUACGCUUAGUAUUGGCGCUAGUGGCGCUAGUGUUUGAAAAUUGAAAGUGCAUUUCAAUGAAUAUAUGGUGCGAAUCAAGUCCAAAUAUGGUCUUCGGCUAGGCACCUGUACAAUAAGCCCCCAGGAUAGCUGCCAAUUGUUUGACUUUGAAGGGCAGCUGAGAUGGCGAGCGGCAGUAGUAUGUCAUUUCCGACCCUGUCGGAGGAGGAGCUCAUCAACCUGGGAAAGGAGAUGCUCGGCCCUGAGAGCCCCAUCACGCUUGCUGCUCUUCGCAGCCCCACCACAGAAACAACGUUGAUGCUAUUUCGUGUGUUUCUGACUGACAUAUUCAGCUGGAAUCUAGAUGUGUGCACAAUGGUCCCAUUUGACGCCAUGGCGCGUGUGCAUUUUUUCGAAACGCACCAAGACAUUGCGCCGGUGAUGCGUUUUUUCCGAGUGAUGAGCUCGCUGCUGAGCUGCGUCCACUACGACUCCUUCAUCAUCGAGGAUCUCCUACAACCGAAUCCGAAGCGGCUGCGUCGCCAACUCUCGGCGCUGGCCAACUUCUCGCUGCUCCACCAGCGCAUGUGCGACGAGUACGCCGACGAGACCAUCAAAAAGACCGACCAGGAGAUCCUGUACGAGGAGAGGCUCGUCAAUGAAAAUAAGGCUCUGAAGAGCAACAUUCACAGGGAAAUAGAGCGCGAAGAUGAGCUGAAAGUAGAGCUGCAGCAGCGGCACAGUGCGAUCGACGACCGAAACCAGGAGAUCAGCGCGCUGCACGACCAGAAGGAGCAGCUGGAGCGCGAGGCCAAACAGACGCGCGCAGAGGUGGCCCGGCUCGAGGACCAGAAGAGCGAGGACGCCGUCCAGGACGCCAAGCUGAACGAGGAGCGGACGGCGCUAGAGGCGCAGCUGGUCGGGUCCCCCGAGAAGGUGCGGCAGACGCUGACCAGGGCGCAGGAGCAGCUGCGCGCGGCCGAGAAUCAGCGGCAGACGGUCUCUGAGCAGCUGCAGCAGAGUCGCGGCGACCGCCAGCAGCGACAGCAGGCACACGAGGAGCUGCAGCGGCGCGAGCAGCACGCCGAGGUGGUGCGCGAGCUCUCCGAGCGCCAGAGGGACAAGAGCGGUGAGCUGACGGCGGUCACUAAGGACAUGGAGGCGAUCCUGCUGGAGGAGACCGAGCGUCGCAGCGCAGCCCGGCUGGCCGUCAACAAGUGCCAGAUGAUAGAGGAGAGCCGAGAGGGCGAGAUGCAAAAGUAUGAGCGCUACAUCAAGGACAAACAGGCGGAGCUCGACAAACGCGAGCGGGUGCAGGAGGAGGCGCGCGCGCGGCUGGCCGCCGACCAGCAGGAGACGGGCCAGCUGGCCGAGCAGGCCGAGCUGCUGGAGCAGCGCGCGCAGCAGGAGGCCGAGAGGGAGCAGCGCCGACUGCAGGAGCUGCAGCACCGCGAGCAGCAGCUGGCUGACGCGGUGGACUGGGUGCGGUCGGAGGGCAGCCGGCUCCAGGACGACAUCCUGGCCAUGAUAGAGGCGCAGGACCAGUGAGGUCGGCCGGCCGCCCGGAGCGGGGCCGGGCGCACCUCACCGACCGCCCCACCGUUAUCAGUCGCCCGGGUGUCGGUCGCCGUCCACUGCGUGCACAUACUCGCCACUCUGUCAAUACGAGUAUAUUAACAUAGCUGCACGGCUAGUAGACACGGCGGGAUACCGGCCCGGUCAGUUUUAGCGACGGCAAUGGCUGAACGGCGAUGAACUUUGAGUUCUAACUCAUCCCCAGCAUGGGGUGUAACAUUAUGUGAAAUCAGCUACAUCGGUGCCUGGCAGGAGUAUGUUGCGACAAAGAUGCAUGCUUGUCAUCUGUCUAUAUCAUUGAAAUAAAUAAAUGAUAGCAUUUCCGA